GAGGAGCAAAAGCUAGUUGAUAAGCUCUUAGAAGAGUACUCUACCCAUUCAGGUUAUUAUCAUUAUGAUUCUGUCAUCAGCACUGGCCUAGAAAAUUCGCGGCUUAUUCCAAAAGUCUUCAUUUGGUGCCCUAUGCACCAUAACAGUAUCAAGGUGGUUUGUCCCGUUGAUCGUUGUGUAUUGACAUUUAACAGAUGGACGUUGUGUGUGGUAAAAAACAAUAAGUUUAAUCCGUGUCUUGUAUAUGAUUUGGAGGGGAACAUUAUUUUAAUACAAGCUUCUUAUGUUUGCCCUCGUGGCGACCAGUUCUUUUUUGCCUCUAAAGACAUUUUGGACGUGUUGCCAGGUCAAAUAAAGGAUUCCUUUCGUUUCAGAAUGUCGCACAGAUCUGCUUGCUCAAAUCGCCUACUCGAUUUUGUAGUAACCUUGCUGACUAUGGGGCACAGCUUCCUCGAUAUAACGGAAUCCAUCCUUGCCAUGAAAUACUGUGCAUUUUAUUGCAUAAAUGGGAAUAUCCCGUCAGCCUCUUUUUAUGAUAGUCCAUUG